AGGAAGCAAUACCUGCACUUUACCCAAAGGAGUGUGGACAGACCCACCUCCAGCCCAUCAUGGAGUGGAGACCAACUUCGCUCUGUGUUCUGGUCCUGGCUCUCACCUGGGGCCUCCAGGUGAACGCUAUUAGGGUUCGCCGUAGCAACCAUUUGGACAAUGUCUGCAGCAUGUGGGGGAAUUUCCACUUUAAGACCUUUGAUGGAGACGUAUACCAGUUCCAGGGUAUUUGCGAGUACAAUCUGGUGUCUCACUGCCACGGGUCCGUGCAGGACUUCUCGGUUCAUGUAAAAAGAUCAGAGUUCACUGGAGACUCCAAGAUCAACAGAGUGUUGGUUACCAUUGGGGACAUGGCCAUCAAGCUCACCAAGAAUCUGGUUAUGGUCAACGAUGAUGUUGUCAAACUGCCCCACUAUGUUGCUGGUGUGCUGCUUGAACAGUAUGCCACCUACAUUAAGCUCUAUGCUAAACUGGGCCUCAGCGUCAUGUGGAACAAAGAUGAUGCCGUCAUGGUGGAACUGGAAGCAAAAUAUACCAAUCAGACCUGUGGACUUUGUGGAGAUUUCAAUGGCAUGGCGAUUCUAAAUGAGUUCAUAAGUGAAGCUCGUGAGAUUGGCCCUAUCGAGUUUGGCAACAAACACAGGAUUCACAACCCCAACAGCCAAUGUGAGGACCUGUAUGAAGAAGACGAGCCAUCCACACCCGGAAAGUGCCAAGCAUUUCGUCCAGGAUGCUCAGAGCUGCUGGAGGAUAAAGCCUGGAAAUCAUGUACCAGUAUUGUGAGUCCUGAACCCUACAUUCAGGCCUGUGUAGUGGACAGGUGCUGGAGUCGCCCAGGGGACAUUGAGGACAGCCUGCCGCUGUGCACCACGCUGUCAGAGUAUUCCCGCCAGUGCUCCCAUGCUGGAGGAACACCACCCAACUGGAGGAAACCUGACUUCUGUGCGGUGAAGUGUCCUUAUAACAUGGAGUACUCUGAGAGUGGAUCCCCAUGUGUUGAUACAUGCUCACACACAGACACCAGCUUACUGUGUGAGGAACACAAGAUGGAUGGCUGCUACUGCCCACCUGGUACUGUAUUUGAUGAUAUCUCGGACAGGGGCUGUAUCCCUCAGGAACAGUGUCAGUGUAAGCACAACAAGGUUUACAACUCAGGAGAUGUGCUGCACAUGGAGGACAAAGAAUGUGUGUGUCACCAUGGCUCCUGGACCUGUGAGAGUUUGCCCACUCCAGGACUGUGUGCUGUAGAGGAGGGUUCCCAUUUCACCACCUUUGAUGGUAAAGAAUUCACAUUCCAUGGAGAAUGCUAUUACAUCCUCUCCCAGGACUGUGAGGAGUCUAAAUUUACUGUUUUGGGCCAGCUUAUUCCCUGUGUUGACCAUGAAACUGACACCUGCCUGAAAUCUGUUGUACUGCUACCCAACAAUGACAAGAAUAAUGCCUUGGUAAUCAAAGAUGAUGGCACAGUGAAGCAAAAUGGAGAUUUGACAUUACCUUAUGCUUCAGCUAACAUCAUUGUGUUCAGACCGUCAUCAUUCCACAUCAUAGUACAGACGUCCUUUGGGCUGCGGAUGCAAGUGCAGCUGGUUCCAGUCAUGCAGCUCUACAUUACCCUGGAUAGAAGCUACCAGACCAAGACCUGCGGCCUGUGUGGGAACUUUAACAUGGUGCUUUCUGAUGAGCUGAAGACUCCACAGGGUUUGGUAGAAGGCACUGCAUCCUCCUUUGCAAAUUCCUGGAAGGCCCAAUCCAACUGCCGUGACCGCAGUGAGAGUCUGGACGACCCCUGCAGCUACAACAUAGACAGCGAAAGUUAUGCAGAACAUUGGUGCUCCAAGCUCCUGGAGAAGGAAGGGCCAUUUGCCAAAUGCCAUUCUUCUGUUAACCCAGAGAGCUACUACAAGAGGUGCAAAUAUUCAACCUGCACAUGUGAGAAGACGGAGAACUGCCUGUGUGGCGUCUUUUCUUCCUACGUGCGAGCCUGCACAGCAAAGGGAAUCUUCUUGCAAGGCUGGAGAGACACAGUGUGCAAAAAGUACACCGAACACUGCCCUGCCACGCAGACAUUCUCUUACAAGCUGCAGGGCUGCCAGCGCACUUGUGACUCCCUCAGCUUAGAGCGCCCGGCUUGCAUCAACACAUACCUGCCUGUGGACGGGUGUGCCUGUCCGGAUGGGCUUUACGAGAAUGAGAAUGGUGUGUGUGUGGCUUUGGACAAAUGCUCCUGUUACCACAAUGGAGAGCGCAUUAAACCUGGCAAGUCCAUCACCAUCAAAAAUGAACACUGUGUUUGUACAAACGGAAAGCUCCACUGCCACUCCUGGAAGCCCUCUGUCAUGGACUGUCCAGCUCCAAAGGUCUUCUUUAACUGCAGUGAGGCAGGGCCAGAGGAGCAUGGGUUGGAGUGUGCUAAAACAUGUGCACAGAAGACUGUCGAUUGUUUCCUCACAGGUUGUACAUCUGGAUGCCAGUGUCCUUCAGGCCUUUUGGAUGAUGGGCGUGGCCACUGUGUUCCACAACAUAACUGCCCUUGCAAACACAAUGGUCAUUAUUAUCCUCCAGGCUCCCAGAUAACAGACCAGUGCAAUACAUGCACCUGCAAACAAGGCAAAUGGAAAUGCACAGAAGAAAAAUGCCCUGGUACCUGCACCAUAUAUGGGAGUGGCCAUUACAACACUUUUGAUAACAGAAGGUUUGGCUUCAGUGGAGACUGUGGUUACAUUGCUGCUCAGAACAAGUGUGGAAAUAAGACAGGCACAUUCCAUGUGAUCACAGAGAAUGUACCCUGUGGUACAACAGGAACCACUUGCUCCAAAUCUGUUCGAAUUGUACUGGGGAAAACACAGCUGGACUUGAUUGAUGGCAAAGUAACAAACACUGACCUUGAAUCAGGCACACUGAUUAAGUACAGAGUGAGAAACGUGGGUCUUUACCUGGCCAUUGAAGCUGACAUUGGCUUGACAGUGUUGUGGGAUCGUAAAACAACAGUCCGCAUCAUUCUGCAACCACAGCACAUGGGAGAGGUUUGUGGACUGUGUGGAAACUUCAAUGGAAACGGUAAAGAUGACUUCACCACUCAAGGCCAGCUUCAAGUUUCAGAUGUUUUGGAGUUUGCAAACAGUUGGAAAGUCAACAGCCACUGUCCUGACGCUGUGCCAGACUUUGAUCCGUGUUCUAAAGCACACAACAGACACACUUGGGCAAAAAUGCAAUGCAGCAUCAUUACAGGAAAAACCUUCAAAGAAUGCCACAGCAUGGUGGAUCCCGCUCCUUAUUUUGACAACUGCGUGAGAGACUCGUGUGCAUGUGACACUGGUGGGGACUGUGAGUGUUUCUGUACCGCUGUGGCAGCGUAUGCUCAAGCCUGUAAUGAAGCUGGAGUGUGUGUGGCCUGGCGAACUCCAGAGAUCUGCCCUGUGUUCUGUGAAUUUUACAACGAUCCACUUGAAUGCCUGUGGCACUACAGUCCCUGUCACACACCCUGCUACAAAACCUGCCUGAACCCUGAUGGCAUUUGCAGAAACCCAUUACCCAACCUGGAGGGAUGUUAUCCAACAUGUCCAGAGGACAAACCCAUUUUUGAUGAGGAGAAAAAGAUUUGCGUAGAAAAAUGUGAAGGAUGUUUCAUCAAUGGAACAGAGUACGAAACUGGAGAGGAAAUACCGAGUGAUAAACCGUGCACUUUAUGUUUCUGCGAUGAACAUGGAAGGGCAACUUGUUCACCACGAGAGGGUUGCUGCUUUUACAAUGGAACAGAAUAUGGUGACACUGAUGUCAUAUAUAACGUAACAGACAAUAUGGGCAUGUGCUACUAUGCCAUCUGUAUAAACAGCACCGUCAUCGAGACCAGUGAGCCCUGCCGAACAACACCAUCAACUACUCCUGAACCAACAACUACAUUCACUACAUCUACCACAGAGGUUUCAACUACUGAAGUCACAUCAACUACUACAAUAACAACAACAACACCAACACCAACGAGCACUACCCAAACUCUACCAACUCCAACAGUGUCUCAAGAAACCACCCCCUGUAUUAUAUGUGACUGGACAGAAUGGUUUAAUGUCUAUGACCCUGUUACAGGGAAGGGAAAUGAUUUAGAAACAUAUGAAAACAUCCGGGAUGCUGGAAAGACAAUAUGUGAAACUCCAGAAGAUAUCGAGUGCAAGGCUGUCAGCAAUCCUGACAUGUCCCUUGAUGAAUUUGUGCAGGAGACAGGUCAGGUUGUUCAUUGUAAUGUUUCGUUUGGUUUGGUGUGUAAGAAAGAUGAUCAGGAGAAUAGCCCAUACAAAUGUUUGGACUAUACAAUCAGAGCACUCUGUUGUAGACCAUGUGAAUCCACUCCUUCUCCAACAACUACUAUUACAACACCAAAAGAAACUACAACAUCUCAAACAACACCUUAUCCAGGAAGUGAGGGAACUACACCAACAACUACACGUGGAACAACUACCCCAGAGGUUAUAACUGAACCAACAACACCUCAUCCAGAACCUACACCUUCAUCUACAACAAAAACUACAACACCUGAAAUUGAACAAACAACUACACCUGGAACAACUACCAAAGCAACAACUACCACAGAGGUUAUAACUGAACCAACAACACCUCAUCCAGAACCUACACCUUCAUCUACAACAACAACAACUACAACUACAACACCUGAAAUUGAACAAACAACUACACCUGGAACAACUACCAAAGCAACAACUACCACAGAGGUUAUAACUGAACCAACAACACCGCACCCAGGAACUACUCCCACAUCUACACCAACAACUACAACAACAAAAGGAGUGACUCAUGUUUCAACUACAACACCUGAAACCGAGCAAACUCCUUCUCCAACUACAUCAACGACUACUGUGACAACACCAGAAGAAAGAACGAUUUCAGUGGUAACAUCUACUGAGCCAACAACUCCUGAACCAACUCCUGUGACUGCUCAACUUAUUACAAAUUCUAUUCCGACAGAACCACAAGUUCAAAUUACAACUGAACAAACAACUACAACUGUUACAACUACCAAAGCAACAACUACCACAGAGGUUAUAACUGAACCAACAACACCUCAUCCAGAACCUACACCUUCAUCUACAACAACAACAACUACAACUACAACACCUGAAAUUGAGCAAACAACUACACCUGGAACAACUACCAAAGCAACAACUACCACAGAGGUCAUAACUGAACCAACAACACCUUAUCCAGAACCUACACCUUCAUCUACACCAACAACUACAACCACAACUACAACUACGACAACAGGAACAUCACCCACGUCCAGAGUUCCCAGCACCACAGUGUGUGUUUGUGUAAUAAAUGGGGUACAUUAUGAACCAGGAGAAACGAUAUUCGACAUGGUUCACAUUGGUUCAGGUAUCUGCCUGACUAUGAUCUGUUCAGGGGUCUGUGAAAUUAAGAACAAAACUGUUCCGUGUCCAACCCCAACAUCAAGCACCACGCCAAAUUAUGACUGUCCAACAUGGGAAGUAAAUCAAAAUGAGACCUUCGAGAUCUGUAACUGCACCAUGGCUCGGUGCAUUGAGGACAACAUCAUUGAGAUCAUACCUUAUGAGUGCCCACCUCUUAAAAACAUCACAUGUUCAAACGGGAAGAAGCCUGUGCUGGUGUGGGAUGAGAACUACUGCUGUGAAGAAUAUGCCUGUGACUGCUUCUGUGAAGGGUGGGGAGAUCCUCAUUAUAAAACAUUUGAUGGACACUUCUACAGUCAUCAAGGAAACUGCACUUAUGUGUUAAUGGAGGAAAUCAGACCCAAACACAACCUGAAAAUUUAUAUUGAUAAUGUCAACUGUGACCCUCGAGAGUUUGUGUCCUGCCCCAGAGCUCUGAUUGUGUCAUACAAUGGUGUGGUUAUCACCCUCAGAAACAACAACCUCAUAGGAGCUGCCAAACUAGAGGCUUUAUUUGGACAUACAUCACUGAAAUUACCUUUUGCCAAAAAUGGUUUGCGAGUGCUGGGCACAGGUGUGAAGAUGAUUGUGGAGAUUCCACAGCUGGAAGCUGUGCUGGCGUUCGGAGUAACAGGCUUCAGUGUCAACCUGCCGUUCCGACAUUUUGGGGAAAAUACACAGGGACACUGCGGUACCUGCAACAAUAACAAGAAUGAUGACUGCAUGCUACCAGGAGGGAAACUCAUAGAUGACUGUGCAGUGAUGGCAGACUAUUGGCCAGCCAAAGACCUGUACAAUCCAGACUGCCCCCAGCCGCCCACUGUGCCACCCACCUCUGCACCCACAAAGAAACCAUGCCCUGCCAACCCUGUGUGUGAACUUCUUAAGACUGACUUGUUUAAGGAAUGUCAUCCUUACGUUUCGCCGGACAACUACUUCACAGGCUGCCAGUUUGACAGCUGUCACGUGACCAACCCUGCUGUGGUCUGCACUAGUUUGCAGACAUAUGCCAGUGCCUGCUCUCAGUUCGGCAUCUGCUUACACUGGAGGAACCACACUAAUCUGUGCACUGUUAGUUGUGAAGGAAACAAAGUCUACAAACCCUGUGGACCUGCUGAACCUCCUACCUGUCAAGACAAGCCUGAUGGGCAGUCUAUGAACGUGACUACUGAAGGCUGCUUCUGUCCUGAUGGCACAAUGCUCUUCAACAAGGACUCAGGAGUGUGUGUCGACAAGUGUGGAUGCCUGGAUCCUUCUGGGCAAGCACGAGAGCUUGGAGAGAAGUUCGAGCAUAACUGCCAGGACUGUAUAUGUGAAGCAGCAACUGCAUCUGUGACCUGUCAGCCUAAGCAGUGCUCAAACAGCAACCCAGUCAUCUGCAAUGAACCUGGCUUUAUUGUUGCCAAUGAGACAGACCCCACAGAUGAAUGCUGCACUAUAUUCACCUGCCGAUGUGAUAGCAGCCUCUGCCCCAGCGUUGAUGGGAAGUGUAACAUUGGCUAUGCUCCUGUGCUCACAGUACCUGAGGGAAAAUGCUGCCCUGAACUAAGAUGUGAUCCCAAGAAAGUGUGUGUGCACAAAAACAUAGAGUAUGAGCCUGGAACCACAACCCCUGUGGUUGACUGCCAGGAGUGUCACUGCACCUGGGAGGUGGAUCCUAAUUCAAAACUGUACAAAAUAAGGUGUGGAAUGGUGACUUGCAAUGAGGACUGCGAGCCAGGAUUUGAGUACAUUGAGCCAUUAGGCGAAGAAUGCUGUGGGAAAUGUGUGCAGACUAAGUGCGUCAUUGGCCACAAUGGUACAAGACAUGUACUGCAGGUUGGAGCAGAAUGGGUGCCCAGAAAACCAGGAUGUGACAGGUUCAUCUGUGCGAACAUUGGAGGAGAAUUUAUUCCCACCAACUACAAGAUCCAGUGUCCUCCAUUCAACAUUGAUGACUGCCAGCCUGGUACAGUGCAGCUUUCAGCUGAUGGCUGCUGCCAAGUUUGUGUGGAGAAGGAGCGGGGAUGUAAAGUAGAGACCACCUCUGAUUACAUCAGUGACAACGACUGCUGGUCAGAAAGCAGAGUGGAACAGACAUACUGUGAAGGAGACUGUAACAGCUACAGCAAGUACUCUGAGCUGGGCUCUUCAUCCUGUAGCUGUUGUCAGGCCAGUCGUACCAGUAACCGUGUAGUGACCCUCAACUGUGCAAAUGGAGUUUCAGUAAAACACACCUACACCUAUGUGGAAGAGUGCAGCUGUAACCAGACUGAGUGUCAAGCUACGAAACAAAGUGCAGAAACAAAGAGUUAAAAAAUACCCUAAUCAUCUAUUUACUGUUCGCCAUGGAAACAACGUACUGUGACCCUAACGAAAGUCUUCUGGCUAUUAUUAUCUGUCUUCUUUAAAUUUCAGCUGCUUUAUUUGAAUUCUUUAAUGUGUACCUCUUAAAGAGCUCUUGCUUUGUAUUCCUUUAUUCUAACAAUUAAAAUAAAAUGCAACAUAAAAAUG